AUGGAGAGUGGCGCUGUGGGUUUGGUUUUGAGACUAUCUCGUGUGAUGGGUAUAGCUCCUUAUCCAAGAGGAUCGAGACUUCGAGUCUCGAAAGCAUUAGUUGUGUAUGGAUUCGUACUAGUUACUUUUAUUAGAAUGAAUACUAUGAAUAGAUAUCGAAAAAUGCCGAAAGUGGCAUGGGAGAUGGCGAAGAACGAAGACACUGCAUUAGACGUGAACAGUGCUGUUAAUAUGAAUAAUAUUAAUAAAAAUAAUUAUAUUUUCACUUAUAUAGAUGUUUUGGGUGCAAAUGAAACAGAGAGAACAGAGUAUAUGAUACGUCAAUUAGCUGUCUACUAUCGACACAUCUGUGUUAUAAUUAGAACAUGGACCAGUUCAGAUGGCCUCUUGAUGGCUUUAAUACUGAUAAAUCGUAUGUUUCAUUUGGUGCAACUUUUACUCAGUUUAAUCAUGGGGUUGACACAAAAUUCAGAUUUAUUCCUUAAUGUAUUACUAUAUUCGUCAAUGAACAUUAUCAAUCAUGUAAUGGCGUUAGUAUUGUUUGUGGAGCCAUUUCAAAGAACUCAUUUUCAGAUGGAACGUACGUCUAUAAUCGUCCAGACUCUGAAGUGUAACUGCGGAGAGUAUCGGCCACUGAGGAACGAAUUGGAUCUGUUUUUACGAAUGUUGAAGCUGCAGAAAACCAGCUACUCUCCUCUUAAUAUGUGCACUCUCGGCAGACCACUCGUCCUUAAGAUAUUUGGUGGCCUUUUCACAUAUUUAAUGGUAAUUUUGACAUAUGGACCUGAAGCUCAGACACCUUCACUGGUUUUUACAAACUAUUUU